AAUUCUAUUAAAUUUUUAUAUAAAUUCAUUUCGACUUUUAUUUAUAAUGAAAAGAAUAAUAGUCGUGUGCCUAAAAAACAAAAAAAAAAAUUCGAAAUGUUAUUUCUUCAUAUAUAAGUAAUAAAAUCUAAACACAACUUCAUAAAAAAGUAUAAAUAAACUAAAAAGUCUCGCUGUAUGGUUAUAGCCAAAACUACUACUGCCAUAGUUUAAGAUGUCUAUUAAUUAUAACGUAUAAACUAACCUUAGUUAAGAAUGCACGAAGACUUCUCUAUCUUCAUUGAGCACACUGUUUCUUAGAAUGAUAAAUAAUUGCAUACUUAAUUAUCGUCCAAAUCUAUAUAUAGAUUUGGCAAAUCUAUGGCAGCUGCUUAAUGAUUUGUAUGCAGACAUCCACAUAUUCUAAGCAAGUUUUUGCUUAAAUAAUAAUGUAGGUGCCUUUAACGUAACCUAGGGUUCUUCGAUUCUUUUUUUUUUUUUUUAAUACAAGAGCGUCAAGAUGAAGCUGACACUUAUGAAAUGAAUGGCUUCCUUCUUCCAUUUCUUCUAUAUAUUUUAAAUAUUUAUAAAUAGAUUUUGAUAAACCUUUGCAGUUAAAUCAGUCAUCACCUGGCCUCGAAUUGAGUGAGAGCUUUCAUUUUCAGCAAAAACCUUUGUAAUAUAUAUAUAAGCUAAGCUAAGCUAAGCUAAGCUACGUAGCAGCUGCAAGCCAAAAUGGAGAUUAAUAAAAUUUCUGAAACAUUCAUCAAACCCUUUUCAUCAACACCUCCUCACCUCAAAACCUACAAGAUUUCUCUAAUAGAUCAAUUUUUAAUGUAUGGUGUCGACAUUCCCUUGCUCUUCUUCUAUUCCAACCCACGUUAUGAUCUUGCCAAUCCCAUUGUCAGUGACGAUUUCAUCUCAAAAAGAUCACAACAGCUUAAGCAAUCUUUAUCCGAAACCUUAGUACAUUAUUACCCACUUGCCGGAAGGAUUAAAGACCAUCUUUCCGUUGAUUGUAAUGAUGAAGGUGUAUAUUAUGUCGAGGCCAGAGCUACUAUUCCUCUAUCUGAAUAUCUUAACCAACCUGAUCAUCUCACUUUGAUGGACAGCUUGUUGCCAAGACAGCCCAGUUGCUACGAGUCAUCAUCCCCCGGAUCAUAUGGUGUCACGAUCCAGGAAACCACCUUCCUAUGUGGUAGCAUCACUAUUGGCCUAUUUGGUUCACACAUGAUCAUGGAUGCAGCCGGGUUGACUUCAUUUAUAAAAGCUUGGGCUGCCAGUGCCACUAUGUGCAACACUACUAAAGAAAUCGUACCUCCCAGUUAUGACGGUGCAUCUAUUUUUCCACAAUAUGAUGCAUUCCCAAGAGACGCAACUAUGGCAUCUUUCGAUGGACCCUUUCUCAAAACAGGAAAGCUUGCUGCAAGAACGUUUGUGUUUGACGCCUCGAGUAUUUCCGAUCUUAAGACCCAAGCGGCAACCAAUUCAUGCGCGGAAAACCCAACACGAAUUGAGGCGGUUUCUUCAUUUCUUUUCGAAUGCAUCUCGGCUGUCCUUCAGGCAAAAUCAGGUGUUGAAAGGCCAUUUGCGUUCUCAUUUCUUGUGAGUUGGAAGCGAAAAGCUAUACCACCACUACCGGAAAGUUUAUUCGGAAACUUUAUUUGGAUGGCAUCUGGUCUAUCCUCCCCUGAGGAUACUAGACUAACUAGGUUAGUGUCCAAAGUGAGGGGAGCUGUAAGGAAGAUCAACACUAAUUUUGUGAAGAAUACACAAAGUGAUGGAGCAUUCUCAAAGCUUUCUGAGAUGAUCAAAGAGACGAGUAGAGAAUUUACCAGCUCGUCAUUUAUCAAUGGUGUGAAUUUUGUAAUGGUUAGUAGUUUGUGUAACUUGGGCCUAUAUGAAGUUGAUUUUGGGUGGGGAAAGCCUAUAUGGGUGACUUGUGUUGAUGUACCCCUGAAUUCCGCUCCUGAUGAUGAGUUCUUGAAUUCAAUGGUUCUUAUGGAUUCAAGAAGCGGGAGAGGAAUUGAAGCAUGGGUAUUUAUGGAUGAAGAAGACUUAGUUUUAAUGGAGAAAUAUGAAAAGCUCCUUGCAUAUGCUUCCAUUAAUCCAAGUCCUCUGAAACGAGACUUGCCUGUUUCUCAUCCAUGAAGGAGACAUGCAUGGGCAAUAUAUACUACGGAGAAACAUGUGUUUUUCAAUGUUAGUGCUUGGGGCAGAAUAAUCAACUGCUGCCAAGGUCUCAAGUGAAUCUUGUAACAGUGCCAGUGUUUGAGUGGUGUUGUGUCGUGGUGCAUUGUUUGUCUGAAUGGCUAAUUCUGUUUUUUAUUUUAUGUUUAAUGUUUUUUUUUCUAAAUAGUAAUUGAUUUAAUUUUAA